UCAAUGAACUCUGUUUAAAGACGCUGUAUGGUAAUUCCGUAUAACCUGUCAAAUCCGUAUAACAUGUCGUAUUCAGUUCGUGUUUGAGUAAAAUUUGAUAAACAGAAUCACAGCUUUACAUAGAGUCAAAACCAUGCCGGGUCCAGAACGCCGAAGUGUUACACCGUUAAUCAAUUUUCUUCGAGAUCUCGGUCGAGGUAGGAAGAUCAUACAAGCAAUCAGAUUUCCUAAUGAACAAGCUGCACGCACUCAACCUCCGCCAGAUAUACCUGGAGGUCCUUAUCACAAAACUUCAGAGAUUUAUUACUUCGAAAGAGAUGCAAGAAGAGAAGUUCAACCGCCACUUAUAAUUAGCGGAUCAAAACAAAUUGGCGCAGAGAGCGCAAAACUUGAAGGAAAGGAAAUUACUCCAGCGAAACCUUAUAAUUGGGAUGGUUGAGUCAGUUCAGAUAUAAAAUGUGUUGCUGCAUAGAAAUUAAAUUUAAAUUAUAUUAUAUAAUGUAACACAUCUGUAAUAGAUAAUCAGUGAUAGGUGUUGCUUCGAUUUAUAUAAUAACCGUAUGUAUAUAGAAAAUGAAUUAAAUUGCUUGUUCUACCGCAC